CUCCGGCGCCAUGGCCUCGAGCAGCGGCACCGACGUGAUCCAGGUGACCAACGUGUCCCCCAGCGCCAGCUCCGAGCAGAUGCGGACGCUCUUCGGCUUCCUCGGCAAGAUCGAGGAGCUGCGCCUCUUCCCCCCUGAUGAUUCUCCCUUGCCCGUGUCAUCACGUGUGUGUUUUGUAAAGUUCCACGAGCCCGACUCGGCGGUUGUGGCCCAGCACCUGACAAACACUGUGUUCGUUGACAGAGCCUUGAUAGUGGUUCCAUAUGCAGAAGGUUUGUGAAUUGUUUAAUGGUCUAUGCAGCCAGCAUAUGAUGACAUUUUAUUCCAAUGUAGUUCACAAAAAUGAGCAUUAGUAAGAUGUCAAACGUAUGACUAUUAACAUUUAAAAACCCUUGGUAUAUUGCAAUUGGCUCUUGGAUUAAGUACUGCUUUUAUUUAGUGAUGCUGAAUGAAAAUGGGAAGCUUACCUCUUACUGCUUUUGUGUUUCUUAAGUUUAGAAUAUUAGCAGUUUAGGCAGAGUUACUUGCAAAUUAUGCUCUUUAUUGAUGUCAGUGAGACAUUUUCUUAAAUGGAGCUCUGCAAACAGGUCAAUGCUGUAAGGAAAUUUUCCCUUAAGUAGCAUUUACAUCAUUCACGUGUGCAUGAAUCUCUUCAUGAGAAUGGUUUCUCCCUCCCUGAGAGCACACGGGAGAGUAGGUUAACGCCUCUUUGAUAUUCGCUGCCUUGCACUCAGUGGGGAGCUUCCCUGAAAAGCCAUUCAUUCACUCUCAUUGUGAACUCCAGUAUACCAAGGGUUUCAGUAGAUGUAAUUUGAAAGUGAGCUCUUCCAAGAGGUGCCAGAUGGGCACUGGUACUAGCAGUUAUUCCAAGUUUUCUUGUUCAGCCAUGCUUUAUUUUAAUAGAAUUUCACUAAAUAAUAAACUCUUCUCUCUGUUAUUUGUGUGUGUGAUUUUUGUAGUGGAGAAGGCAAAUGCAAAGCCCUUCCUGAUGACUGAAAAACAGUGGGUCCUCUGCAGCUACAGGGGAUUCUAGACAUUAACUAAAGGCCAGCAAGCACUCAAGUCCCCAAGUGUUUUCCUGGUGUAACCACUUGUUAACUACAUUUUCUCUUCUUCUUUUUAUUUUUACAUUUUAGGGUGUUACAGUAAUUUGAAAGGCAAUGAGCAGGGUUUUUGGAACUUAAAAACUGUGCUGAGAAGACACCUCUUCUUGCAGAAGUCUUAUUAAACUCUUCUAGACUUGCUUUAGAAGUAAUUGAUUUCCAUUGUACUGUUUUCUUGUACUGAUUUACUUCUGAAAUGAUGGGUUUUCCCAAAUGGCUUGAAUUAAGUACCACCCCUGCAGAUGAAGUCAUACUACAAUAACGAAUUUGGUGCGUGGUCUGGGUUCAGACCUUUUAUUAAGACAUUAUAAUGCUACAAGGAUGUCUUUGGAAGCCUGGGGAACUGUCUUAUCUUUGUAUUCCUGCAGUUUAAGAGAUAUGGAAACUUAAUUUCUGGAAGGUAGGAAUCUGCAGCGUGACCUUUGACUGGGACAUGCUGCUGUGGGGGGACUACAGAGCACGUUCAGAAAUGUGGAGUUACUGCUUCCCCUUUCCCUACUGCAGUUAUUACAGGGUAGUGGAAAGGCAUCUUAUUCUCCUCCUUAUAUUAAAGCAUGACAUAGUAACAGUCCAUCAGUCAAUACUGAAACAUUCUCCGAGGCCCAUGCUGACAGAUGUCAGUGUUUAGUUUUUCCAAUAAGGAUUAAAAGAAUAUUCUUUGUCAGUCUGACUUGUCCAUUCUGGAUAAAACUGGUGCAUAAAAACUCUGCCCAGUGGUUUCAGUUCAGAUUGUCUAAAGAUAAUGUUAAUGACAUCAUUGUAUUUUAAUGGGCCUGUUUAAGUCACAGAGUUCCUUAUGGGCUGUUUCUUAUGGUAUUACAGUGAUUCAGAGUGUGAACAGUUCUGUCAUAAUGAUGUGGCCUAUCCCCAGCCACGUGUUCAGCCAAUGAAGCUCUGCCCCUGGUCCCUGUAUGGGAGCAUCCUUACCUCUAAUUUCGUGCUGCCGGGGUCCCAAUUCAACAAGUUACUUAAGCACCGUACAGCGAGAUUCUUAAAACCGCAGUGAAUUUGUUCAUGUGCUUAAAGUCAGGCAGAUGCUUAAUUACUGUGCUGAACUGGGCCCUCACCUCUCUUGUUUUCUGCUGUGAUAAUUCUGUUUUAUUAUUGCCUGUCGCUAAAGUGAAUGUUUAUUAUCUGUCUAGCGCAAUAAUUAUCCCAUAUAUCACAAGUGCACUCCAGGUUUAGCACACACAGACACUUUGGUGUUGGCUGUUGCUUUGUGUUAUAGAGCUAUACACAAAGUCUACGGUAAGGUUUAGUAUUCAUUGUAAUUUUCACUGUGAUAUUCCUAGAUUUGGAAGGAGCUCUAAGAUUAAAGGUGGCUGGGGGGGUAUUUAGGUUCUUUGGUUAAUGUUUGUUUCUUUUGUCUGUUUCUUUUUCUUUCAUUUCUACAUAUUCAUACAGUAUUUCAUGGUUCUAACAAAGCAGCAGUAAAAAAAGCUCUUGAAGCAUGAAAAUUAACUGGUGAGGGGCCUCAUUGCUUUUUUCACUUGUAGUUUAUUUAUUUCUAAAUACCUUUUAAAGAAACGAGUAGAGCAUCAGAUGCAUGAUUUUUUUUAAUGAAUGCAGAUCUCCUGUGAGGUGUCUGGAGAUGAGUGAGGGUUUGCGUUUAGCUGCCGGAAAUGUCGUAGCUGCACUAAUUUGAAAUGUUUAGCUGUAAUUGAUAAAUAUCCUCUCAGACAUAAUUUUGCAUGCAAAAUUACCCCGUAAUCUCUCUGUAGGUAUGUUAAUAUAUUUAUGCGUUAAUGCCCUUUAUCUAAAUGACCUUUUUCCCCUCCUCUCCCUCCAUAACUUUUGGUAUCUAAAUUGAUGGCAGCUCAAUGACACGAGCGAGAUAACAGUGCUGUGUGUUGUACAUUUGUUUAUAUUAUCGGCACUUCUCAGUAUAGGUGGAAGGAACCAUUACCUUUAUUUAACAGUGGUUUUUCUUUUUUGUUGUUGUGUUUUACAGUUCUUUUCCCUGGUUCAGCCUGAACUAUAUACCAGGCCCUGCUGAAAAUACCACCCAACAGUUUUCUUCUGCAGCUUAUCCAGUUUCUCUUAAGUGCCCUGUACAUAUUGUAUGUUUUAUGAUGAGAUGCAGUUUCUUAAUACGUAUUGCAGAAACGCUACUGGUAUUUGCAAAUAUUUAGUAAAAUUGUUUUAUUGAACUCUCAUUUUGGGGGCUUGGGCACAUUAACAAAUUAAUCCAUCUGUAUAGGGCUUUUGCUGUUGGAUAGAAGUAAAAAACACCUACACAAGUACUUGUUUUGCGCUAGGACCCUUCAAAUUAUCUGUGCAGAGCAGGCAGUAAAUAAGACGCUUGUCUUAGUUGGCUGCAAGAUUUGGGGCCAGAAGUUUCUUCCGUAGCAGCAUUCUUGGUACAUAAGCAUGGCACAUAUCGGAACAUAAGCAUUUUACUGCACAGGUAAGGAAUGUGCCACGACGUACUGUACGUAUGCAGACACACACAGCUUGUAUUGGAAGACCUGCAGAGUCUGUCGUUUUUAUCUGACAAGUCAGCAAAAGCCCUACGCUUGAUUCAGCAAAAAAAUAUUUCCGUACCUUCUCUUUAAGUUUUACAAAUUUGCUAUGGUAGGUGUAAAAGAAAACAUAGUGAACUGUACCGUAUUAUUAACCCCUAAAUCAAACUUUUUUUGUCUUGUGUAUCUUGAUUUUUCUGUGUGCUUUGUAGUGAAGCAGCCGACACGAGUCGUUGUUCAUAAAACAGCUUUUGAAAGUUGAGAGCACACCCCUGGAGAACCGACUGUGCUUGCUUACGUUUGGUUCAUGACUUAAAAAUCGAGUACAGGUGAUGAAAUCUUGGCAGUGUUAACAAAACAGUAGUGUGUAUUGUGCUAUUUUUUUUUGCUCUAGAUACUUAACCAUUUGUAGAGAAAAAGGAACAGUCAAAUUUUCACGCAUUGAAGUUUCAUUCUGACAAAAAAAAAAUUAAUGAUAAAUAUUAAUAGCCAUCAAGCUUUGUAUUUUAGCAAACAUAAGUACUUUCAACAAACUCAGGUGGUGUAUCAGGGAGACAUUUUCUUGGGUGUAUUUGUGUAUUUUCUGCUUUAGAAAAAGAAUGCGUUCUAAUGCCAGGCUAUUUCUCUGCAGGAGUCAUUCCUGAUGAGACUAAGGCUUUGUCUCUCUUGGCACCAGCCAAUGCUGUGGCAGGUCUGCUGCCUGGAGGUGGACUCCUGCCUACUCCCAACCCACUUUCUCAGAUUGGUGCUGUUCCUUUAGCUGCUCUCGGAGCUCCUGCUCUCGAUCCUGCCCUUGCUGCUCUUGGGCUUCCUGGAGCAAACUUAAACUCUCAGUCUCUUGCAGCGGAUCAGCUACUCAAACUGAUGAGCACAGUGGAUCCAAAGCUGAACCACGUAGCUGCAGGUCUUGUUUCACCAAGCCUGAAAUCAGAUACCUCCAGUAAAGAAAUAGAAGAAGCUAUGAAAAGAGUACGAGAAGCACAGUCGUUAAUUUCUGCUGCUAUCGAGCCAGACAAAAAAGAUGAGAAAAGGCGGCAUUCACGGUCAAGAUCGCGCUCAAGGAGGAGGAGGACGCCUUCUUCAUCUAGACACAGACGGUCAAGGAGCAGAUCAAGGAGAAGGUCCCAUUCAAAAUCAAGAAGCAGGAGGCGAUCUAAAAGUCCAAGGCGAAGAAGAUCUCAUUCCAGAGAGAGAAGCAGAAGAUCCAGGAGCACAUCCAAAACCAGGGAUAAAAAGAAAGAAGAGAAAGAAAAGAAACGUUCUAAGACUCCCCCCAAAAGCUACAGCACAACGAGGCGAUCCAGGAGCACAAGCAGGGAAAGACGGCGUAGAAGAAGCAGGAGUGGAACACGGUCACCUAAAAAGCCCAGGUCACCUAAAAGGAAAAUGUCGCGGUCCCCAUCUCCCCGCAGGCAUAAAAAGGAGAAAAAGAAGGAUAAAGACAAAGAGAGAAGUAGGGACGAGAGGGAACGGUCGACCAGCAAGAAAAAGAAAAGCAAAGACAAAGAGAAGGACCGAGAACGGAAAUCUGAGAGUGAUAAAGACGUGAAACAGGUCACAAGGGAUUAUGAUGAAGAGGAGCAGGGAUACGACAGCGAGAAGGAGAAGAAGGAAGAAAAGAAAACGGCAGAUUCUUCUCCCAAAGUAAAGGAGUCUGCGGCUGAGAAGGGAAGUGGGGAAUCAGCGAGGGAGUCCAAAGUAAAUGGGGAUGAUCACCACGAAGAGGAUAUGGAUAUGAGCGACUGAGUGUUGCCUUUGCAGUGAACACGGCUGCAGACGUGCGUCAGUGUCAUUCCUGUGUGAUUCUUUUAUGCUGUACUCGUUAAUCCUAAAUCUAGAUGUAUACAGCUCCAAGCUAUACAUGGUUCGUAAGGCUCCUGAUACUAACUCACAUCAAAAGCUUUCUAGAAAGGUAACCAUCCUUGUUAUGGCCAAAAGGGAUUGCGUAGCCAAGCGAUUUUUACUAACUUGGUGAUGCUUCAAGCAAAAGUAAAAAGCUGCAUGCAUCUACAGCAGGCAUGGACUGUUUGUCGUCUGAUCUCCUGUAGUAAAUCAGCUCACUUAUGAUAGUGUUUCUAGACUUUGAUUCAUUGCAGUAAUAGAGCAGUAUAGGGAAUGCACUGACUGCAUGUUGAUUGUGGCAGAAACAUCCUAAAUGUUCUAAAAUCCUACAACGUACAGAGGAUCGACUUGAGGGUCUUAAGUGUGACUGCACAGAAAAAGCCAAGAAGAAAAGGGGCAGUUCAUCAACGCAGCAGCUUCUGGCAGUUCUCACAUGGGUCGGGUUCUUUGUCCUGAGCCACGUGGCCGGGCUUCUGUUCUGGGGGGUUUUGUUUUGUCUUUGGUUUCUGUUUCCCUGUUGUUUUCUUUCCCCGUGGGUUUUGUUCUGGCUUUGAUGAGGUUGUAAUGCGCUGCCCUUCUGGGGCUGCUUCCAUCCCUGGGUCUGCAUCCACCGCAGGCAGCAAAAAGGGACGAGCCCAAAUGGUUCCGAGCUUCCCUGCUGCAGCCUGGAGCCGCGAGUGACAGCAGCGCUCACAGUCGGGCCGUUCUGGUUGUUUGUGAGCUGAACUCGCGGGUAAGAGGUGGUGCAUUUUAAAACUGACCUUUGUAUGCUUUUAAAAGCGAGGCUACUUGAUAAUGUACUUUUUACUUGAUCUCGAGUUGUAUGAACUGAUUGGUGUCGGCUGUCGCUGCAGUGUAACCUCAUGCACAGUGAUCCCACGUUAUAUGCAAUGUAGGUAGGCGAGCAGUUUUGUUAGUUGCAAAGUUCCACGGCUUUUCCUUUGGUGCAGGUCAGAACGCAGAGGUGGCUCCGCUCUGUGCCAUUCGAUGUACAGUUUCUGAAAUUGUUUUACAGAACUUUGAUAAUAAAACCCUGAAACUCACCCUCCCGUUCCUGA